AUGGCUACACCAAAUCGCACCCCCAUGCCGGUUCCCACGCCGGGCAUGACGCCUUCUGUAACGCCUGGGCAUGUGAACACGCCGGCUGUCCAGCCAGACGAAGAGAUCGAUUGGGACAAAGUGGACACGGCGGUCGACUACUUUGCGUCGUUGGACAUUGUCGAAAUGGCCAGCCUGGUGGUAAACAAGGCGCUCACAAAAGGCCCCAAGGAUAUCUACAACGAAGCAGGCACCGUCCGGUUCCAAUUGUCCAAGGCAAAGCAAAUGUACCGUGAUUUGGCCCAGACUAUUUGCGCAGAGAGCCUGCUGGUCAAGCAGGAGCAAAUCGACAAACUCGAGCGGGUCAAUACCAAAAAACGAUGGGUUUCUACUGCUAAAUAA